AAUAUUUUAUUUGUUUCCCGGUAUAUGAGUGGGCUAGAUAUCUAAAUACUGAGUUUUAUACGGCUAACCUGACCGAGUGAAUGCCUAGCUUAAAAUGCCCGCCUAAAAUCCAUGUCCAAGCCAUAUAGCAUAGAUAUUUGUUUUAUUUAUCAUUUAUUUAGUUAUUUUUUGCAAUGCAACAUAAAUUAACCGUAAGCGAUGCUAAUAGUCCAGUUUCAUAGUUGACACUGAAUUUGGCGCGAGUGAUUUUUUUUUCCGUGCCCAGCAUCAUAGCUCUACUGUAAACCUUGCAUGACUCCGCCAUUAACCGUUGCUAGUGCUAACAGAAGAAGCGAGGCAGUUGAAUUAACUGUUCUAGUUACUGAAGGAAAGGGCAUUUAUUAAUUGUCUAACUUGGAUAAGAGUGCAAAGAAGUCAAAUUAAUUUGCGCCCAAGCCAUUAUUGUGUAAACUUUAAUCAUUGUUUUCUAUGAAAACGAUGUGAUGUGAGCUGUAUUGGUUUGUGAAGCAGUUGGCACGUUUCAUAAACUGAAAGAAUUCCAGUACUAAAGAUGAAUGACUGAGGAAUUAUGUGCUGCAGGAACCAUGUUGAUUAAAACAAGACUUGGCGAGCUGCAAAAAUUUGUCCGACUAACGGAGCCGAAUCUGAAGGAGUUUUUGACAGCAGCAUCAUCCGAAGAAGGAUCUUGUCAACAAGGGCUUGGAGGACCAGCUGCUAGACGAGACACCAAGUUUGUUCCAGAGACUGUCCUGAGUGAAGAAGAGUGCAAGGAAGCCAUCGCACUGAUUAAGCAUUCAGCUGAUGAGGACACAAUCAAGAAGAAGAUGAAGCUCACAUUUGACUUCCGGCGCAACAUGGUCCUUGACCCCCAACGGUCAAGCAACAUACUCUCUGUCUUUCCACGUUUCAAAGAUGUCAAAGGCUUGGUGGAGCAGGAUUUUGUCCUGAUGUUUGGAGAAGAUGUGUCUGGCAAGUUUCUGGAAAAAUGGACGACCACGUUCAAGAGAAAGAUCAUCCAACAAUGCAGGAAGCUUCCAACCACCAGUGACCUUGAAGAACUUCUCCUGGCAGCUGAUACUCCUGAGGAUAGCACUGAAGUGGAUGAUGACAUGAGUUGGGACAGUGACCUCUCAUCGAUUUUGCUGCUGCUACACCUGAUUCCCCCCUCUGCCUUGGGUCGUAAGAGACCAGGGAAGGUAUCUGCCUCCCAAGCAGAGAAGCGUCUUGUGGUCUUCAAGAAGACAGGAACCAACAUCCAAGAACAUCUUGAUGCCAUCACGACGAGCACACAACCCUAUCUCCUUGCUGUGGGACGGAGGAAGAAAGUAGCCCACCAGUUCUUCAUCAUCCUUGACAAGAAUGCCAUUGCUUGCAGGUCAACAUCCUCUCUUGGUGCUUUUGAUGAACUGUUUAAGGCACAUUACGUGUUUGCCACAACAUACGUGUUCAUGGUUACUUGGAUGGAAAAACUCUUUGCCUUAAAUGUACUCUGUCAACUUCGAGCCGUCAAUGGGAUGUACGCCAUGUGAUGUUACUGUGACAAAAGUUAACAGUGGAUAUUAAA